GGAAAACACAAACGAGGAGCUCGAGGAUCAGCGGAGGAAGAAGAACCAUCGACACUUAAAAGAGCCAACAUGGCGGAAUGUCAAGAGGAAGAGGCCGCGGAGUUAGUGGAAGCGACAAAUGAAGCAAUAAACGCCGAAGGUGAGCCCAGUAAUGCAGAACUAAGGGAGAUGUUGGUAGACAUUCAAAUAAAUACUGCAGCUAUCCUACGCGAAAACAAAACAAUCAGAAGCGAAAUGACCGAUCUCAAGCGCACAAUUCAACAUCAAACAGACGAUAUAACUGCGUUGAAAUCAUCUCUAGAACAUAUAACGAAGCAGUACAACGAGGUAGAACGCGGGCUGGUGGCAGCAAGAAAGAAAAUUCAAGAGCAGGAAGAAGAAUUGUACGAUCUUCAAGACAAACUAGAACAAUACACGAGUAAAAACUCAAUAGAAAUACAUGGUGUACCAGAAUGCGCCUACAUUGAGACGGAAGACGUGGUGUUAAAAUUAGCGGAGGCCCUAGAUGUAUCGGUGGAACCAAAGGAUAUCGAAAUAUGUCACAAGCUGAACAGGAAGGGUAACAAACCAAUUAUUGUAAAAUUUAUAAGCCACAAGGUCAAAACAAAUCUAUACAGAGAAGACCGAGAGAGCAAUAUCGCUCUGUGCCACGGGGUGGGGUUAAAAAAAAAGGAUCGGCCGAGGACCGAGAGAGCGGUGUCGCUCUGUGCCACAAGGUGGCGUUUAAAAAAAAAAAAAGAGAGAGAGAGAGAGAGAUCGGUCGCGGACCGAGAGAGCAGUAUCGCUCUGUGCCACGGGGUGACGUUAAAAAAGAAAAAAAGGGAAAAAACAAGAUGAUCGGUCGUGGACCGAGAGAGAGGUGUAUCGCUAUCCUCGUUUCGGUAUGAAUAAUGCAUUACAAGGUAAAAAAGGACGCAACUCGAAAGGGGUUUGGGAGAGAGCUGAUUCUAGAAGUCUUUGCUGUUUCAAUUAAUAAAACGAGGACCUUUCUUAGGACGGACGCGCACAGCUCCGUGCUCCAUACCAUUGGACAGCGGUAAGUCAUGGCUGAGCUGUGCUUUAAAGCGGGCCAUAUUUAGCAUACUUGCCCAGAGGAACGGGCGAAGGAGGCCUGGUUACCGUGAUUGCCAUAUAUACUUGAUCGUUUCGUUGGGUUUAUCGACAAAUUUACCUUUUUUUCUGGUGUCUCUGUGGUCUCGAGGUUGGAGAAGUGACCCCAUAAGCGUUUUGCCUAUAGGCAUGCCCUUGAGCCCGAUUACUCGGGCUACGGUGGUCAUUUUCUCCGAGCUCGGGUUUACAGUCUCUUUACGUUUUGCCAUCUUUUGAUCGUUUUCUUCUCGGUUCCAUUCGGUGAAGAAACGCCGAUAUUUGUGCCUUUAACGUUACUGAGAGUAAGCAGAUACAGACAUGUUUAGUAUCUCUGGAUGUAAACUCGAGUUCGGGGAAAAUGGCCACUAAGUGAAAGGAUAAUAUCUUUAGGGCUUAUAUCGGCCCAUAUUAUCGGGCCCGUUUACUUAUACCUGGGCAUAAGGAAUAGGGGCGUAGAAGCACUGAGUGGGGUCUUCGAUAGUCACCUUUUAAGUAACGGUGUUCACAGCCUGUCACUGGUGCAUGACUGAAUGAUUCAUUGAGUUGAGAGCAAUCCGGGCGUAUUUGGGAUGUAUGCGGUAAACGUUUUUCGCCAUUUUGUCUUCUUGGGGACGCUAGAGCCAAAGAGGACGAGGUUUCAGGUUUAUGUGUUGGCACGUUUCACCAGGUUUUAUAUUUGUGAAUUAUGGUAACACUUACUACCGCUUGUGGAAGUUUUUUCGAUUAGCUGUAUUUUGAUUCUCACAAAAGUAACAAGGGUGACUGAUUUGGAUGUGACUUUGUAUCUGUACCCUCACUCUUCGGUGGUAACUCAGUAUUGAGUGGUAGGCUUGGUGUGUGGUUGUGAUCACUCCCGUUUCGUUCAGAAUAACUUCUUCAUUAAUGUUCACAAAACUACUGGACAGGAAGUUCCUACAAGCAUUGUUCUUUCUGUUUAAUGAUUGCUAAAUUCGGGGUUGUUUUCCCUUCGACAAGUUUUGUCGCUCUUAAACUGGGUGGAGUGUUCUCGAAUACAGUUCAUUAUUCUGUGAGGGCAGCCUUGUACAUGGUUUAAGGUGACUCGACCCAGUUUUUUUGGGGGGGGUACCAUCCUACUUUGAAGCUCUCUGGAAGUUUUUUCGAUUAGCUGUAUUUUGAUUCUCACAAAAGUAACAAGGGUGACUGAUUUGGAUGUGACUUUGUAUCUGUACCCUCACUCUUCGGUGGUAACUCAGUAUUGAGUGGUAGGCUUGGUGUGUGGUUGUGAUCACUCCCGUUUCGUUCAGAAUAACUUCUUCAUUAAUGUUCACAAAACUACUGGACAGGAAGUUCCUACAAGCAUUGUUCUUUCUGUUUAAUGAUUGCUAAAUUCGGGGUUGUUUUCCCUUCGACAAGUUUUGUCGCUCUUAAACUGGGUGGAGUGUUCUCGAAUACAGUUCAUUAUUCUGUGAGGGCAGCCUUGUACAUGGUUUAAGGUGACUCGACCCAGUUUUUUUUGGGGGGGUACCAUCCUACUUUGAAGCUCUCUGGUAUCCCCACCUUUACUUUUAUCGUAAGUCUAACACAUAGAAUGGAUAACAUAUAGAUCAAUCUGCAAUAUGAAAUAAAUGUCGGAGUAAAUGUCACGUGGUUAUAAUGCCACGCCCCUUUGAGGUCUGAGUCGAAAAUCGGCUGUUGCCGGCAUUUUUUUGUGAAAAUCUCUCGGCUACACAUAGUGCGCAUUAGUGCCUUGCGCUGAACAGAGUUUCACCAAAAUCGCAAAGACCCAAUUCGAGAAAUUCAGUGGUUUCCAAAUUUAGGUCAUAAUUUAUGCGAAAAUGAUACGCAAACUUUACACGGAUUAUAUCUAAUAAACCAAGAGAUUCAUCCCUUUAUUUUGGGCAUCGUUAUAGCAGAUGGGUCCUUGCAAGUCAGCAAAACGCUUUAGAACUCUCGAUUACUUUCCGAAGAAAUAUCCGGUAUAUGCUAAUAAUUGGCUUGUCGUCACAGAUAGUAGUGAGAGCCGAAACGGUGAACGUCACGGCUCAUCGUGUAGGAUGCAAUACUUAAUUAUCUUACUCGAGUUAUAACAUCACAGAAACUCUCACAAAGAGUUGCUCUGAUGUUAUAAUGUAUCACUAACCUCUUUACCCGGUAAUUAGCAUAUCCCGGAGAUUUAACCGAGGGUCCUUUUUAAUGCAAAUUCUAUCUUUUUGCUAAAUGUGCACGUGUAUAUGAAACUUGAAAACAAUGCCAGUGAAUAAUGAGGACGCUCGCUUGUAAACACAAAUCUGGGGGAAUUUGGCUAUAUUUGAGGCCCUAUUUAAAAGCCUUCCCUGUUUUCAAUGUUCUUAAAACUUGCAGGGAAUAUUUCUUGACGAUUGAUCUCGGAAUUGUCGAAUUUAUAAAAAAAAUUAUCGAGCGGUGUUUGGAAAAAUGCGAAAUUUUUAGGCAUGGAGCAAAUUACCUCCAAAAACUGUAUCAAGAGCAUCUGAAUGCAAGUUAAUAAAAUCCUUCUUACUCGCGAUCGCCCAGAGCAAUUCCCCUCUUUUUUUGUAUGCAGUUUUCGAUGGAAUCAAUCCACUAUGAGACGAAGCCGCGUUCCUAAAGCUUAUCAUUUUCUUAAAAUAUUAGCGAAUUGUGCGGCUAGCAUGCUAUUUCACUGUUUUUAUGAUUCUUAAUAAAAAAUAUUUCGAAAACGCUCUCAUAGAAUUUCUUCAAACUUUGCCAUAAUGGAGGCAAUUAUAGCAGGUACAUACUCCCUUAAGCGAUUUCUUCAAAAAACUCCUGGUACAGAAAAACAUUCCACGAUUUCCGUUUAUCUAAUCCACGGUAACUUUAUUUAUUUACCUACAGAGAUUUGAGAAACAACGAGAUCAAAGAGCUCCCAUCAGGGAUAUUUUCAAAUCUCUCUUCCUUGCAAACACUGUAACUGAACAAAGCACUUUUGGUACCUUCGGGUUGAGGGAAGAGGGGUGAUGAAUAAGGGGUGAACGUUUAAUUGAUUACCUACAGUUUGGCUUCUGCUAUUCUUCUUAUUUCUUCAUAGCUGAUAAUCUAUAAAAGUUAUAAGAAUUAUAAGAUAGCAUUAACACACUCAAAGUUACAACUACAUCGAUUUAUCCAUACUUGGGUCACCUUAAAGGCACUUUUUUCUCCUCUCCAGUUUUCCACCGUAACUUUAUUUAUUUACCCACAGGUAUUUGAGUGACAACGAGAUCAAGGAGCUCCAGUCGGGGAUAUUUUCAAAUCUCUCUUCCUUGCGAACACUGUAAGUGAACGAAGCACUAUUUCAUUAAAAUUUUAUUGUCUUAGAUAAAUGACCUCGAAGUAUCCGAAGUCCUCUGUUGGCACCUUCGGGUUGGCGGAAGAGGGGUGAUGGAGAUGGGGUGAACGUUUGAUUAAUUACUUGUAGUUUGGCUUCACCUUUUUCAGCUUUCUUUUUUUAGGUCUUUAAGGAGUCUUUUUCAGCCACAAUCCUUUGUGUCCAUAUAAGUUAGAAGCAAUCAUUUUAAGUUCAGGAUCAUCAUUUCGUCUGUUUCCAUCACGUUAUUUCUCAGAAUUCCUUUGCCUUCCAUCUAACUUCCGUGAUAAGCUUGGUUGACUAUCAAUUGCUAGACGGAGAGCAUGCGUGGGGUCGGUGUGCGGUGGUACGUUUUGUGAGGAGCGUAGUUUCUGUCCCUUUACGCCAUUUUUAGAGAACUUUAUACCGCCUUGACAUAAUAAUUCAACGUUUAAACACUUGCUGAAGUAUUAAAUGCAGAAAUUAGGAGGAAAACACAAACGAGGAGCUCGAGGAUCAGCGGAGGAAGAAGAACCAUCGACACUUAAAAGAGCCAACAUGGCGGAAUGUCAAGAGGAAGAGGCCGCGGAGUUAGUGGAAGCGACAAAUGAAGCAAUAAACGCCGAAGGUGAGCCCAGUAAUGCAGAACUAAGGGAGAUGUUGGUAGACAUUCAAAUAAAUACUGCAGCUAUCCUACGCGAAAACAAAACAAUCAGAAGCGAAAUGACCGAUCUCAAGCGCACAAUUCAACAUCAAACAGACGAUAUAACUGCGUUGAAAUCAUCUCUAGAACAUAUAACGAAGCAGUACAACGAGGUAGAACGCGGGCUGGUGGCAGCAAGAAAGAAAAUUCAAGAGCAGGAAGAAGAAUUGUACGAUCUUCAAGACAAACUAGAACAAUACACGAGGAAAAACUCAAUAGAAAUACAUGGUGUACCAGAAUGCGCCUACAUUGAGACGGAAGACGUGGUGUUAAAAUUAGCGGAGGCCCUAGAUGUAUCGGUGGAACCAAAGGAUAUCGAAAUAUGUCACAAGCUGAACAGGAAGGGUAACAAACCAAUUAUUGUAAAAUUUAUAAGCCACAAGGUCAAAACAAAUCUAUACAGAGAAGACCGAGAGAGCAAUAUCGCUCUGUGCCACGGGGUGGGGUUAAAAAAAAAGGAUCGGCCGAGGACCGAGAGAGCGGUGUCGCUCUGUGCCACAAGGUGGCGUUUAAAAAAAAAAAAAGAGAAAGAGAGAGAGAGAUCGGUCGCGGACCGAGAGAGCAGUAUCGCUCUGUGCCACGGGGUGACGUUAAAAAAAAAGAAAAAAAAGGGAAAAACAAGAUGAUCGGUCGUGGACCGAGAGAGAGGUGUAUCGCUAUCCUCGUUUCGGUAUGAAUAAUGCAUUACAAGGCAAAAAAAAAAGGACGCAACUCGAAAGGGGUUUGGGAGAGAGCUGAUUCUAGAAGUCUUUGCUGUUUCAAUUAAUAAAACGAGGACCUUUCUUAGGACGGACGCGCACAGCUCCGUGCUCCAUACCAUUGGACAGCGGUAAGUCAUGGCUGAGCUGUGCUUUAAAGCGGGCCAUAUUUAGCAUACUUGCCCAGAGGAACGGGCGAAGGAGGCCUGGUUACCGUGAUUGCCAUAUAUACUUGAUCGUUUCGUUGGGUUUAUCGACAAAUUUACCUUUUUUCUGGUGUCUCUGUGGUCUCGAGGUUGGAGAAGUGACCCCAUAAGCGUUUUGCCUAUAGGCAUGCCCUUGAGCCCGAUUACUCGGGCUACGGUGGUCAUUUUCUCCGAGCUCGGGUUUACAGUCUCUUUACGUUUUGCCAUCUUUUGAUCGUUUUCUUCUCGGUUCCAUUCGGUGAAGAAACGCCGAUAUUUGUGCCUUUAACGUUACUGAGAGUAAGCAGAUACAGACAUGUUUAGUAUCUCUGGAUGUAAACUCGAGUUCGGGGAAAAUGGCCACUAAGUGAAAGGAUAAUAUCUUUAGGGCUUAUAUCGGCCCAUAUUAUCGGGCCCGUUUACUUAUACCUGGGCAUAAGGAAUAGGGGCGUAGAAGCACUGAGUGGGGUCUUCGAUAGUCACCUUUUAAGUAACGGUGUUCACAGCCUGUCACUGGUGCAUGACUGAAUGAUUCAUUGAGUUGAGAGCAAUCCGGGCGUAUUUGGGAUGUAUGCGGUAAACGUUUUUCGCCAUUUUGUCUUCUUGGGGACGCUAGAGCCAAAGAGGACGAGGUUUCAGGUUUAUGUGUUGGCACGUUUCACCAGGUUUUAUAUUUGUGAAUUAUGGUAACACUUACUACCGCUUGUGGAAGUUUUUUCGAUUAGCUGUAUUUUGAUUCUCACAAAAGUAACAAGGGUGACUGAUUUGGAUGUGACUUUGUAUCUGUACCCUCACUCUUCGGUGGUAACUCAGUAUUGAGUGGUAGGCUUGGUGUGUGGUUGUGAUCACUCCCGUUUCGUUCAGAAUAACUUCUUCAUUAAUGUUCACAAAACUACUGGACAGGAAGUUCCUACAAGCAUUGUUCUUUCUGUUUAAUGAUUGCUAAAUUCGGGGUUGUUUUCCUUCGACAAGUUUUGUCGCUCUUAAACUGGGUGGAGUGUUCUCGAAUACAGUUCAUUAUUCUGUGAGGGCAGCCUUGUACAUGGUUUAAGGUGACUCGACCCAGUUUUUUUUUGGGGGUACCAUCCUACUUUGAAGCUCUCUGGUAUCCCCACCUUUACUUUUUAUCGUAAGUCUAACACAUAGAAUGGAUAACAUAUAGAUCAAUCUGCAAUAUGAAAUAAAUGUCGGAGUAAAUGUCACGUGGUUAUAAUGCCACGCCCCUUUGAGGUCUGAGUCGAAAAUCGGCUGUUGCCGGCAUUUUUUUGUGAAAAUCUCUCGGCUACACAUAGUGCGCAUUAGUGCCUUGCGCUGAACAGAGUUUCACCAAAAUCGCAAAGACCCAAUUCGAGAAAUUCAGUGGUUUCCAAAUUUAGGUCAUAAUUUAUGCGAAAAUGAUAAGCAAACUUUACACGGAUUAUAUCUAAUAAACCAAGAGAUUCAUCCCUUUAUUUUGGGCAUCGUUAUAGCAGAUGGGUCCUUGCAAGUCAGCAAAACGCUUUAGAACUCUCGAUUACUUUCCGAAGAAAUAUCCGGUAUAUGCUAAUAAUUGGCUUGUCGUCACAGAUAGUAGUGAGAGCCGAAACGGUGAACGUCACGGCUCAUCGUGUAGGAUGCAAUACUUAAUUAUCUUACUCGAGUUAUAACAUCACAGAAACUCUCACAAAGAGUUGCUCUGAUGUUAUAAUGUAUCACUAACCUCUUUACCCGGUAAUUAGCAUAUCCCGGAGAUUUAACCGAGGGUCCUUUUUAAUGCAAAUUCUAUCUUUUUGCUAAAUGUGCACGUGUAUAUGAAACUUGAAAACAAUGCCAGUGAAUAAUGAGGACGCUCGCUUGUAAACACAAAUCUGGGGGGGGGGGGGAAUUUGGCUAUAUUUGAGGCCCUAUUUAAAAGCCUUCCCUGUUUUCAAUGUUCUUAAAACUUGCAGGGAAUAUUUCUUGACGAUUGAUCUCGGAAUUGUCGAAUUUAUAAAAAAAUUAUCGAGCGGUGUUUGGAAAAAUGCGAAAUUUUUAGGCAUGGAGCAAAUUACCUCCAAAAACUGUAUCAAGAGCAUCUGAAUGCAAGUUAAUAAAAUCCUUCUUACUCGCGAUCGCCCAGAGCAAUUCCCCUCUUUUUUUGUAUGCAGUUUUCGAUGGAAUCAAUCCACUAUGAGACGAAGCCGCGUUCCUAAAGCUUAUCAUUUUCUUAAAAUAUUAGCGAAUUGUGCGGCUAGCAUGCUAUUUCACUGUUUUUAUGAUUCUUAAAAAAAAUAUUUCGAAAACGCUCUCAUAGAAUUUCUUCAAACUUUGCCAUAAUGGAGGCAAUUAUAGCAGGUACAUACUCCCUUAAGCGAUUUCUUCAAAAACUCCUGGUACAGAAAAACAUUCCACGAUUUCCGUUUAUCUAAUCCACGGUAACUUUAUUUAUUUACCUACAGAGAUUUGAGAAACAACGAGAUCAAAGAGCUCCCAUCAGGGAUAUUUUCAAAUCUCUCUUCCUUGCAAACACUGUAACUGAACAAAGCACUUUUGGUACCUUCGGGUUGAGGGAAGAGGGGUGAUGAAUAAGGGGUGAACGUUUAAUUGAUUACCUACAGUUUGGCUUCUGCUAUUCUUCUUAUUUCUUCAUAGCUGAUAAUCUAUAAAAGUUAUAAGAAUUAUAAGAUAGCAUUAACACACUCAAAGUUACAACUACAUCGAUUUAUCCAUACUUGGGUCACCUUAAAGGCACUUUUUCCUCCUCUCCAGUUUUCCACCGUAACUUUAUUUAUUUACCCACAGAUAUUUGAGUGACAACGAGAUCAAGGAGCUCCAGUCGGGGAUAUUUUCAAAUCCCUCUUCCUUGCGAACACUGUAAGUGAACGAAGCACUAUUUCAUUAAAAUUUUAUUGUCUUAGAUAAAUGACCUCGAAGUAUCCGAAGUCCUCUGUUGGCACCUUCGGGUUGGCGGAAGAGGGGUGAUGGAGAUGGGGUGAACGUUUGAUUAAUUACUUGUAGUUUGGCUUCACCUUUUUCAGCUUUCUUUUUUUAGGUCUUUAAGGAGUCUUUUUCAGCCACAAUCCUUUGUGUCCAUAUAAGUUAGAAGCAAUCAUUUUAAGUUCAGGAUCAUCAUUUCGUCUGUUUCCAUCACGUUAUUUCUCAGAAUUCCUUUGCCUUCCAUCUAACUUCCGUGAUAAGCUUGGUUGACUAUCAAUUGCUAGACGGAGAGCAUGCGUGGGGUCGGUGUGCGGUGGCACGUUUUGUGAGGAGCGUAGUUUCUGUCCCUUUACGCCAUUUUUAGAGAACCUUAUACCGCCUUGACAUAAUAAUUCAACGUUUAAACACUUGCUGAAGUAUUAAAUGCAGAAAUUAGGAGGAAAACACAAACGAGGAGCUCGAGGAUCAGCGGAGGAAGAAGAACCAUCGACACUUAAAAGAGCCAACAUGGCGGAAUGUCAAGAGGAAGAGGCCGCGGAGUUAGUGGAAGCGACAAAUGAAGCAAUAAACGCCGAAGGUGAGCCCAGUAAUGCAGAACUAAGGGAGAUGUUGGUAGACAUUCAAAUAAAUACUGCAACUAUCCUACGCGAAAACAAAACAAUCAGAAGCGAAAUGACCGAUCUCAAGCGCACAAUUCAACAUCAAACAGACGAUAUAACUGCGUUGAAAUCAUCUCUAGAACAUAUAACGAAGCAGUACAACGAGGUAGAACGCGGGCUGGUGGCAGCAAGAAAGAAAAUUCAAGAGCAGGAAGAAGAAAUUGGUGAAUUGUACGAUCUUCAAGACAAACUAGAACAAUACACGAGGAAAAACUCAAUAGAAAUACAUGGUGUACCAGAAUACGCCUACACCGAGACGGAAGACGUGGUGUUAAAAUUAGCGGAGGCCCUAGAUGUAUCGGUGGAACCAAAGGAUAUCGAAAUAUGUCACAAGCUGAACAGGAAGGGUAACAAACCAAUUAUUGUAAAAUUUAUAAGCCACAAGGUCAAAACAAAUCUAUACAGGGCUAGGGCUAAGCUAAAAAAUGUCAGAGUUUCUAACAUCUUCCCGCAGUGCUCGUCGUCAACUCUAGUGCAAGCCGACAGAAUUUUUUUAAACGAGAAUCUUACCUCGUACAGGAAAAAAAUAAUGAAUCGGGCAAACGAGAUGCGGAGAAAUGAUGAAUUGUUGAGUGUCUGGUCAAUGGAUGGAUCAAUAUAUGUCAAGACCUCUCCGCAGGGUAAGCCGGUCAGAAUUAACGAGCUGGAAGACUUAGAUUAUCUUUAA